GGGCGUGGUAAACCAUGGACCUCGACGACGAGAUGAUGCCCUACUCCCCCUCCGCCGACUCCUCGCCGUCCUCCUCCGACCUCGACACCGAGUCGACGGGGUCCUUCUUCCCGGACCGGAGCACGACGCUGGGGACGCUGAUGGGCGUGUCGGCGUUCGGCGGCGGGCAGCGAAGGUCGACGAGGGCCCCGCCGGGGGAGAUGGGCGAGGGGCCGACGCGGGCGCCGCCGGAGGAGGAGGGACAGGGGAGGCGCGCGGGCGGGUGGCGGCGGCGGAGGAGACGGCGCCGGGGCGGGAGCUGGUGGCGGCUGUGCCGCGACGACACAGGCGGGCCGCCCACGAGGCUGGGCGAGUUCCUGGACAUGGAGCGGCAACUCGCCGGCGCCGACUUCCUGUGCGACGGCGGCGGUGGACCACAGGUGCUGCCCGAGGCGGCAUCCGUUGCGGCGACGGCGCUGUUCGAGGACGGGAGGGUGCGCCCGCCGCAGCAGCGGACUGCUCCGCCGGAGGAAAGGGGAAGAUGGCGCCUGCAGCGGUCAGGGGAGGCGUCGUCCGCGUCGUCAUCGCUUGCCAGGCUCCCGGUGCUGCUCACCGGCAUCUGCAGCGGCGGAGCGGGGUAG